CAAUAAUCCCGAUAUGAAAACGCCUCAUCUAGACAAAAUGGCGGGAGAAGGUGUGAUACUGAACCAGUCCUAUGUCCAGCCACUUUGUAGCCCAUCUCGUCAUUCCUUUAUGACCGGGUAUUACCCAUUCCACGCAGGACUGCAGCACCGUGUGAUUAUGCCAGAACAGCCAGUGUGUUCUCCUCUAGACAUGCAGUUCCUUCCCAAAUACUUGAAAGAUCUAGGUUAUGCGACACAUAUGGUCGGCAAGUGGCAUCUAGGGUUCUGUAAGUGGGAAUGUACACCGACACAUCGCGGGUUCGACUCCUUUUUUGGGUAUUACAAUGCCCAGGAAGACUAUUAUACUCACGAUUGGAAGGGUGGAUAUGAUUUAAGGCAAAAUGAACGUCUUGCUACCGAAUUUAACGGAACCUAUUCUUUAUAUUCUUACGACCAGGCAGCUGCAGACAUUAUCAUAAAUCACAACGCGAGCGAACCUUUAUUUUUAUAUAUGGCUUUUCAGAAUGUCCACGAUCCAAUAGAGGUUCCAAAGAAAUAUGAAGAUAUGUAUCCCAAUAUUCAGAAUGAAGGGAGGCGUAAAUUUUCAGGCAUGGUGAGCGCGCUGGACGAAGCUGUAGGGAACCUUACGGACAAGUUAGCACAGAAAGGGAUGAAGGACGAUACGCUCUUUGUGUUUACUGCUGACAAUGGUGGAUGGCCUUUAUACUAUGGGAACAACUAUCCACUAAGGGGAGCUAAGUUUACCAUAUACGAGGGCGGUACUAGAGCUGCUGGCUUUGUUAGGGGACCAGGAUUGAACGUAACUGGCAGGCGGUUCGAUGGUUUAAUGCACGCAGUUGAUUGGCUACCUACACUGGUGUCGGUAGGCGGCGGGGAGUCUCCCCCUGCGGGAUAUAAGGGGGACGGAGUUAACAUGUGGCCUGCGUUAAGCCAGCUGUCAUCCUCCCCGAGGACGGAGCUAGUCUAUAACAUCGAUGACUUAUUUCCAUAUGAAGAAGGACAUGCCGCAAUAAGAGUUGGGGAUUAUAAACUAAUCGACGGAUACCCCGGACUUUAUCCGGACUGGUACAAACCACAGUCGGUGGAGAAGGACUACAACAUAACCAAACUUGACAUUGAACAAUUUGAACAGGACCAAGUCAGUCGGUACCAGUUGUAUAAUCUGAAAGACGAUCCGACAGAACACAAUGACCUGUCGUCAAAUAACCCGGACAUUGUCAAUAAGCUAGCCGCUCGACUGAAAACUUAUCAUGACACAAUGGUACCCGCGAACUACCCCCUCCCGAAUCCCUUCAGCAACCCAAAACUCCACGGUGGGGCAUGGACACCAGGCUGGUGCUGACAUAUAAAGUUCGUAAUAUGGCUUAGGAUUGGUUAUCACAUACUAUUCAUAUCCUUUCUGAUUAAAUCUGAUUUUUGGUUCAAUAUUGAUCAAUGAAGUAAAGGUAUCACGCUAUAUCAAAGUGAAAUCGGACGUUUUGAUAUUCUGUAUUUAGGAUCUUAGAUGAGUUUUCAUUUUAUAUGAGAUUUUAUGAAUCAGGUGUAUAUAUUUUCAUAAAAGUUUCAUAAAAAUCUCAUAUGAAAUGGAUAUUUUUCACACAUAACGUCGAGCCAUGUUCCAUAUUUUGACGUCACAGUCGAUUUAUAUAAGGCGUACCCAAUGAAAAUCGUUCUAGAGAAUAUUACACAAGUGUAACAAUAUAACACGGGCGAAUUCAUCAGAUAACAUUCUGAUAAUGUAAUAUAAGAUCAUUAGCCCUGUCUGUGAUCAUCAUAACAGUAGUUGUUUUAGCAAUACUAAGCAACUAUAAAGCAACAUUGUAUUUGAUGAAUAGUUAAACACAGCAUAACUUGUAAUAUACGGGUCUGUGACUAACUUUCGUCUUAGAUUGAUUUGUGUUGAUGAGAUUUUGUACUGAUUCUUUGUAUACAUUGAAUAUAUGUCUUUGAAUGUUUUAUGAAUAAACACAGAGUAAAACUUGAAAUAAAUGGGUCUUGAGUAACUCUGUGUUUCAUUUUUGUACUAAGCCAUAUUAGUAUUGCAACUUGAAAAUACAUGUGUUGAAAAUUAGAUACUUGACAUGGGUGUUUCCUUUUGACCAGCUGGAUAUACAAUGUAUAUACUAGCGACUGUUUUCCAUCAUUGAACACGUUGUUAAACACCAAGGAUUUUCUUCAUUAG